AUUUAACUGUUUUGUGAACAAACUGUUUUUCAUAAGACGCUUUCUUCAACAAUUGCCCCAAGUGCGACGUGUUGGAUUCGUCUCGCGAUAAAGCGCGCGACUCAGAUCGGCUGAUGAACAUGAGGUCUCUGCUGACACUGCCAGUGUUUUUGGCUCUCAUAAGGGGGACCAAGGGACAGAAACCAACAGUGCUACUCCGGCCGAAGUUCCCACAGGUGUAUGUCGGAGAUGACAUCACUCUGAUCUGUAACCGUGAAGGAAGGAGUAAACCAACAACAUGGUAUCGUGAUGGAAAAGUACAAGGAUCAUAUAAGGAUUAUACAAUGCUGCUUACUGCAGUGACACCAGAAAACAACGGGUCGUAUAAAUGUGGGCAGGACAAUCAGGAAAGUGACCCGUUCACACUCAUUGUACUGGAGCUGGAGCCACACGCUCAGCUCUCUCCAUCUGUUGGAGGUGCUGUGAUGACCAAAGGAGAUGGAAGAAACCUGGUCCUGCAGGUGGAUGAUGAUCUGAAGGAUUGGUCUUGUUUUGUGUUGAGGGGAGUGAACACCUUCCGUUUAGGAGUCGAUGUUGAUGAGGAGAUGAAGAGAGCUGUUAUAUUUGCAGAGUUAAAAGAGGCAAAAAGAGCCACUUUCUGGUGCAAGAAAAAGAAAGCACUUCAUCGAAGCAAUGCAGUGACACUGAAAAUGACAGAGCUCCUGGUGAUGUUGGUUCCUCCGGCCGUUCCUGUCCUGCAGGGGGAGCCUGUGGCUCUCAGGUGUGUAGUCUGGGGUGGACCGAAACUGGAAAAUGCUGUCUUCUAUAAGGAUAAAACACAAGUCAUCAGCUCAUCUGAAGGCACAUACACCAUCACCAACGCCACACAAGAUAAUAACGGCAAGUACAGCUGCCACGCCACCUACAGGUACACACGCAUCAGUGCAGGAGCUGCUAGGAAGGAAGGAGAUUCUGAUGCCCAGGAGAUAAAAGUUAUAGAUGGGCCUGCUACUGCAGUUAUUUCAGGGUCUACAAAGAGUCUGCAGUGUUCCUGUCCUCGCUGUCCUAAAACCUACACGUCCUACCACUGGUAUCACACACUCUUUAAUGACCAACAGGCACACAGAAGACUACCUGAAAGUGACAUGUCUAUUACUCCUGAGGAAGAAGGACUGUACAGCUGCCGGUUUGACUGCGGGAAUGGUUUCUCCCGUUUCAGCGAUAGUUACAGCUACAAAGCACAACCAGCAGAGUUUGGAGGCCUGCUGUGCAUACUGGUCGGGGGGGCAGCACUGAUUAUUCUCCUGGGUGUGACUGUGUGGAUGCUGAAGCGUAGAAAACGUGGAGGAAGUCAUAUGCAAGAGACUAAAUGGUAAAGAUAAGGACAUGCUAAUAAGUAUACGCUUUGAGCAAAGGGAGAAUUUCUAAGGCCUAGACAGUGGAGGAAAUCAGUAUGAAGAACUGAAGGCUGAGAAACAGGAGACAAUGAGACAAUCAAAGAGAAAGAAUG